AUGUUUUUACGAAAUUCAAAGGCUAUGAGAAUUCUUGUCUGCGGUGGUGCUGGUUAUAUCGGCUCUCAUCUUGUUCGAGAACUUUCGACUCAGCAGGGUUACGAAAUUAUUGUCCUAGAUAAUCUUUCUAAAGGUCAUAUAAAAUCAAUUCCUAAUGGAAUCAAAUUCGAAAAAGCUGAUAUUCGUGAUAAGAAAGCUCUUGAACGAAUAUUUUCUGAAUAUAAACCAGAUGCUGUAAUGCACUUUUGUGCUUCAAUUUCUAUCGAAGAAAGUGUAGCUGAUCCUUUAGGAUAUUAUGAAAAUAAUGUUGUGGGAACAAUUUAUCUUCUUCAAACUAUGAAAAAACAUAAUGUCAAAUAUUUCAUCUUUUCAUCUAGUUCUGCAAUCUUUGGUAAUCCAAAAGAAGUUCCCAUUGCAGAUAAUAUUCAGCCAGAUCCAAUCAAUCCUUACGGUGACACUAAAUAUAUCGUCGAAAAAAUACUUGCUUGGUCUGAAAAUGCUUAUGGAUUAAAAUAUAUUUGUCUUAGAUACUUUAACGCUUGUGGUGCUCAUGAGAGUGGUGAUAUUGGCGAAGAUCAUGAUCCAGAAACACAUUUAAUACCACUUAUUUUUCAAGCGGCUCUUGGACAAAGAAGUAGUAUUAGUAUUUUUGGUAAUGAUUAUGAUACUAAAGAUGGAACUUGUGUACGAGAUUACAUACAUGUUACCGAUCUUGCUACUGCACAUAUUAAGGCUCUCGAAUAUCUUAUAAGAGAAAAUAAAUCACAAUCAUUUAAUUUGGGAUCUGGAGGAGGAUAUACAGUAAAUGAAGUAAUCAAUGCUGUCGUAGAUGUUACCGGUAUUCAAUUUUCAACUAUAAUGGAGUCCCGCAGACCUGGUGAUUCUGCAGUACUGAUCGCUAAUUCUACGCGUGCUGAACAAAUCCUUGGCUGGAAAAGAAAAUAUGAUACAAUUGAAGAUAUUGUUGCUAGCGCAUGGAAAUAUCAUAAAUCUCAUAUAAAUGGAUAUAAUGACCGUUAA